UGGUCGUACCCCACGGCGGCUCACGACGCUCGCUGGGAGCGGGCCUCGGGCCCUUUCCCGGUCCCUCCAAGGCCCGGGAUCCUGGAUUACCGGGGUCCCGCGUCCACCCCGAGCCCGCCAGAGGAGAAUCGCUGACCGUGGUCGCCUCCAGGAAAGAGCCAAGUGAUAACCAGAAAAUUCAGUGAAUAGUGAGCGACAUCCCUGCCUUCUUGGUGGAAAGUAUCAGAUCCCAAAUAGUGCUCAGGAGACAAAAAUGCUCUUUGAAGACACCUUUCAGGAGUUGCCAGUCCGUGUGACAAGAAAUAGCUACUUUAAAUAUCAGUGGGCUAUUUCUGCAUCUUGAAAGGAAGGUAAAAUAAAGAAUUUUGGAACAGAUGGACUCCUGUCACUUUCUAUGAACUAAAGGAAUUCAAUGUCUCUUUUGAACUGUUUCUGCACUUCACGAACAGAAAUUGAAUCACUGAAACCUGAAAAGCUGUCUGAAACCAGCAUCCAUCAAUACUUGGUUGAGGAGCCAGCCCUUUCCUGGUUGCCCCCAUGUACUGGGGCCACCGAAGUGAUAAAUUCCACGAAUGCUUCCCAUUAUGAACUGCAAGUGGAAAUAGGAAGAGGAUUCGACAACUUGACUUUUGUCUAUCUUGCAAGGCAUACCCCUACAGGAACUCUCGUGACGAUAAAACUUACCAACCUGGAAAACUGCACUGAAGAACGCCUGAAAGCUUUACAGAAAUCAGUGGCUCUAUCCCACUUCCAGCGGCACCCCAAUAUCACAACGUACUGGACAGUUUUCACUGUUGGCAGCUGGCUUUGGGUGAUAUCUCCAUUUAAGGCUUAUGGUUCAGCAAGUCAGCUCUUGAGGACUUACUUUCCUGAAGGAAUGAGUGAAACUUUAAUAAGAAACAUUCUCUUUGGUGCAGUGAGGGGGCUGAACUAUCUGCACCAAAAUGGCUAUCUUCACAGGAGUAUUAAAGCCAGCCAUAUCCUCAUUUCUGGUGAUGGCCUAGUGACCCUCUCUGGCCUGUCCCAUCUGCAUAGUCUGGUUAAGCACGGACAGAGGCAUAGGGCUGUGUAUGAUUUCCCACAGUUCAGCACUUCAGUGCAGCCGUGGCUGAGUCCAGAACUACUGAGACAGGAUUUGCAUGGCUAUAAUGUGAAGUCAGAUAUUUACAGUGUUGGGAUUACGGCCUGUGAAUUAGCCAGCGGGCAGGUGCCUUUCCAGGACAUACACAGGACUCAGGUAAAUGCUCUGGUUUUCUUUCCUAGGACGGUUGUAACAAAAUACCCUAACUCUGGGUGGCUCCUAAGGCUAGAAAUUGCAUUCCGUGGCUUGCAGCUGGAGAAUAAAAUAUAUAUGUAUUUUUUUCAUUUCAGGCCAUCAGCAAGCAGUUUAUUGUCCCAUGUAUUCUUUAAACAGAUGAAAGGACAAAGCCAAGAUUCGAUACUUUCACUGUUGCCUCCUGCUUACAACAAGCCAUCAAUAACAGUGCCUCCCGUGUUCCCGGGGACCGAACCAGAGUAUACUUUUCCUGAAGAGAAAGACUCAAACUGGGAAUUCUAGGGCUGCCAAAUCGUUUUCUGUCCUACAGACUUGACCCUUUGCCCUUGCUGCUUUGUCUUCUGUAUUGCUAGGUCCACAUACCAGAAUUAUACUUGAAAGUUCAGUUCGUGCACUGGAGAAUCUAUCAUUUUGAAGCACUCUGUCUGAAGGGACAGGAGCUUAUGGCCCUGAGGUCAGCUCAGUGCUUUCACAACUCCAGGGACGCUUCAGAACUGUUCAUUUGGUGUCUUCUAGAAAUGUUUUGUUGUUUGUUUCUUCCCAAGCUGUGACUAACUCUUCUUCUGAUUCUUCAAUGUAAUGUUUGAGCCACUUAAUUUUGCUGCCUUCAGGGGAAUGAGUCCCUCAGAGGCCUGUGCUUCCAAAUACACCUUUUCCUUGCAGGUUCUCCUGCCUUUUUGAUCAGCUACUGUGCAUCAGCAGGCUAGUUGACCUUGACACCAACUCCUUCUUGGUAGCAGGGGAAUGUUUCUCCUUCCCAUUUCUUGUAUUAAUACUUAGGGUAGCAUCAAACUGAGCCUCACUCACAUUAAAUCAUUCACUUGAAAUACACAGAGAAGUUACCAUUUGCUUUUUUUAAAAGGGACUAGCUAAAAGUAACACUUUUCUAUGGACAUUAUAAAUCCUAAACUUAUGCACCCUGGGGGAGCUCAAUAAAGAUUUAUUGAAUG